AUGAGCAUAAGCCCAGCCGUUCGAAACCGUCUUCGUAUCGCGUUGGUUAGUCCAGGUGCUGUCACAGACUCAGGUUGACCGAGAUGUAACGCGACAGUGCGACGCAUCGCUCGGUAGGCUAUAACUCUGCUCAGCUUCAAGCCCGCUGCUCGGACCCCGACCGGUGAGCCCGUAUCGGCAGGCGGGUUGAUGUCAUCAACCGACUCGGGCUAACACUACGUUGGCGACUCUGAUCCAGGAUUUGUCAGCGAACUACGAGCACAGUGGCCACUAGUUGUCGCUGUCGGACUCGUCCCAAGGGCCGAGGUUCUCUCGGUCGUACGAAAGGGUGAGCUGACUCCGUCGCACCGAGAUCCUGUCUCCGGAUUCAGUCUCUAAAAUGAACAUCUUGACGCUUCUUGUGCAUCCAAGCCGGACCAACGGUAUAUCAUGAUUAUUUGACAUAUGAACACUGCAAGGACCGGCACUCUGCCGCUCAACUAUCGUCAAUAUUUAUGGACGUUCGACACAGCGUCAUCGUCGAGCAAAUUAUGUCGUACCGUGACAUGGAGAUCAUCGUCUUGCAUCUCCUGCAGAUAUCUGACAUGGUCAGAGUGGACACAUGGACCGAAGUUCGUGUUCAUUCGCUUCCAAAACUCUAUCCCGCUCGAAGUGGACACCUGAGCUCUGACUCGUCCAGCCAUUUUUUUGGACAGGUUGCCCAAUUUGCUCGCUCCGUACUCCAUGAUGCCCUCCAAUACCCGCAAAUCGGUCACUUUCUGACCAGCAUAUUGCUGUACCUCGAGCAUCCCAACCCGUCUGCUCAUCUGUUUGAGCAAGUAUGUGUUGAAAUCAUGGAGCAACUCCUCGAUAUGGCUUUCGAGCUUCUCGAUCUGCUCGAUCGACUGGACGCCGUCGACGCCCACGCCAACACCAGCGAAGCGCACGACCUUCGGAAUGCGAUGAUCAACCUCAUGCAGGUGCUCGACGAACUGCAUCCCCUUUUUGCUAGCCUUCCGCUGUACAGAGCCUUCCGAAACGAAAUCGUGCGGUUGCUUGCGCAGCCAAGGGUUAUGGGCUUAGUGGGCGACGAAGUGGCGCAGGCGAUCAUCGAGACGUUGUAUGAUUCAACGGACCUCCUCUCAGUCAUGUAG